GCAGGCAGUGCAUGUCGGUUUACACCUCAUCGUUGCACUUUCAGCUCCAUCACCAGAAGAUGCGCCGGACUCCAGCCAAAGACGCGAGCGCCUGAGCCACAAGGGUCAUCCCAGUAGGCAGGUAAUGGAUCAAGUGUGACGACCACAACACUAAUCUACCCAGCUGCCCUGUCUAACACCGUAGCUAUGGCAACCUGUCCGAGGGGCUGUGCGCCAGCUGUGCGCCUUUGUCAGAAACUGAAUCGACUCAAGAUCCUAGAUGGUGACAUGAUGGCAACAUCCCUGAAACGCUGCCUCUCCACCGUGGACCUGACUUUGAUGGGUGUGGGAGGCAUGAUAGGCUCUGGGCUGUAUGUCCUGACAGGAACAGUGGCGAAAGACACAGCUGGACCGGCGGUCAUCAUAUCGUUCCUUUUCGCAGGCUUUGCUUCGUUACUGGCUGCCUUUUGCUAUGCCGAGUUUGGAGCACGCAUUCCCAAAACAGGAUCUGCCUACAUGUUUACCUAUGUCUCAGUGGGAGAACUCUGGGCCUUUCUCAUUGGCUGGAAUGUGAUUCUGGAGAACAUGAUCGGGGGUGCCGCUGUGGCGCGGGCCUGGAGUGGCUAUCUAGACUCGAUUUUUAACCACGCUCUGCAAAACUUCACAGAGACACACAUCAUGCAGUGGAACGUGCCCUUCCUCGCCCAUUACCCCGACCUACUCGCUGCAGGAAUUCUAAUAGUUGCCUCAGUCUUCAUUUCCUUUGGAGUUCAAGUAUCUUCGUAUCUAAACCAUAUCUUCUCCACUAUCAGCAUGGCUGUCAUUGCUUUCAUCCUGGUCUUUGGAUUCAUGCUGGCUGAACCAGCCAACUGGAGCCAGGAACAAGGAGGCUUUGCACCUUUUGGGAUGUCUGGAAUACUGGCAGGCUCAGCUACCUGUUUCUACGCAUUUGUGGGCUUUGAUGUUAUUGCCUCUUCUAGUGAGGAGGCAAAGAAUCCACAGAAGGCUAUUCCUAUUGCCACUGCUAUCUCUCUUGCACUUGCAGCAGUAGCCUACGUCCUGGUCUCCGCGGUGCUGACACUCAUGGUACCCUGGCGUACGUUGGACCCCAACUCAGCUCUAGCAGACGCCUUUUUCCGCCGUGGUUACAAGUGGGCUGGAGUUAUUGUGGCCGUAGGCUCCAUUUGUGCUAUGAACACCGUGCUGCUGUGUAAUCUCUUCUCCCUCCCUCGGAUUGUCUAUGCCAUGGCGGAGGAUGGAUUGUUCUUCUCCAUUUUUGCUCGGGUCAAUCCUGUCACCAAAGUUCCUGUCAAUGCUAUUCUCGUUUUUGGAAUCCUCAUGUCCAGCAUGGCUCUGAUCUUUGACCUGGAGGCCUUGGUUCAGUUCUUGUCUAUUGGCACUCUCCUGGCAUACACCUUUGUGGCGGCGAGCAUCAUCGUCCUGCGCUUCCAGCCUGACAGGACCACCUCCAAGGGCACGGCUCCCACAUCUCCCAACAGCAAUGCUGAGCCUUCCCCCGUCCCCACAGAGUCUCAGACCAUAACCGAGGACAGCGAGGAGCCCAAGCAGUACGAGUCCUUCUCUGACAAACUCCAACUGGUGGAGAGGCAGAAGUCUAAAGAGCGGCGCGGGGUGGGGCAGCUGAAGGCCCGCUGGGAACCGUACCUAGAUAGGCUGAUCGGUGACUGCGAACCUGGUGAAGUGGUGGCAUUCUCCGUGAUGACACUGAUCGUGAGUUCUGUGUCCUUCUGUGCUGUGCUGGAAUUUGGAAACAAAAAUCUGCAGCUGCCACUCUGGAGCUUCACCAUGCUCCUGGUGAUUUUUAGCUUAGCUUUUAUUCUCAGUCUGACGCUUAUAUGGCUUCAUGAACCGCAAAAAGACACCAAAACAUUCCAGGUACCUCUGGUUCCACUGACUCCAGGUGCCAGUAUUCUCAUUAAUGUAUUCCUCAUGAUGAAGCUCAGCCUUGCAACUUGGAUUCGCUUCGCAGUGUGGAUUGCUGUAGGUCUUCUUGUGUAUUUUGGCUACGGGAUCUGGCACAGUAAAGAGGGGAAACGGGAGCUUCAGCCCACAGACAUGGCUGCCCGGUACGUGGUGCUUCCCAGCGGCAGCCUGGUGGAGACAGUGCAGUCCGUCCAGCCUGAUGGUCAAAUGGACACCUCAGCACACAUCAGCCCUUCCUCUGCUCCAUCAGUUGAGGAAUGUGCUGGGAAAAGAUGAUGUGUGACCAACGUGAGUCAUCAUUGCAACUGCCUGAUCUGCCGUCUCCUACGCAUACUGUAUUACUACUAGUGUACUUUUUGUAUCUCACACCCUUUAGCAUUCCUACAGUCUGCAUUUGUUCAUCUGCACCACAGGAUGGGAUGCACUCUGUCUUAUUGUGAGGCACAUAUGUAUAUCUUUGAAUACUCAACUGUACAGUAUAGAGCUUUAUUACUGUCCUGUGACUUUCUAGCAUCAAAGUUGUGUUAUAUCCUUUACAAACCAGCUCUUUUAUUGCAACCUUGCCAGUUUGUCAGAAACCACACGGGCGUAUGUUGAACAUGUGGUGCUGCAUUUGUUACAACAGUGGAGGAUUGUUUUUCAUCACGUUAACAAAGCCCUGGAGCUGCAAAAGUCAUCUGAUCAUUUUUGUUAAAAAGGUUUUUUUUUUUAAAUGAACACAAUCAAAAACAAUAUUGAAAGAUAUAUUAAGCAGACUAAACAUUAGAGUCCUCCACAGAGUUAUGAGUUUAUACAGUUUCCUUUUCUUUGAUUGAUCUGUCUUAUGCCACUGAAGAAACGGCAGGCUUUAACCAUUUGAAUCCAUGAAACCCAUUUCUACCUUGUGAAAAUCCCCAAACUUCCCAAAUUAUAUUAACUUAGCAAACUAUUUAAACCUAUAUCAUUAGAUGAUCUUUUUAUUACUUUUUUAUUGUUAUCAUAACUCAUAUUCUCCACAUAUACAGGUUGCAUUAUCUUACUAUUUUCAGUAUUUUCAUUCUUGUGAAUGUGUGUUACUGUUUUUACAUCAUAUGUUUUACGUGUACCUCUGCCAGUCCGUGUGAGUAAUUCUUAUUUGCCUUUGAAGUGGCUGAACACCUCAAUUCCUUGCUUAAUCUCCUAAAAUCUCAUCCCAUGACCUCGCUCUUUUCUGUGUAACUGAUCUUAAGCACUUGAGCAGUCUAUUUCCCACGCACUUUCAGACUGCGGUCCUCUCCCCCUAUCUCCCUGUUGGCAUGAGAUUAUAUAUACAUAUAUAUAUAUAUAUAUAUAUAAGCACAUUGAUCACUGAGAUCAUACAAAUGGCUUUGUGAGAGAACCUGGAGGCUUGUGAGCUAAAUUAAUAUACAGACAAGCACAACUCAGUUGAAUGGCAAACAAUUUUUGGCAGGCAAGCGUUGGUGAUUAUUUUGAACCUGGGAUCUGCUUUAUCUCUCCCAAGCAUCUGUAAUCUGGGCAGAUUUUCAGCAAACCGAGGCACCAGUCUGCCGCUUGACCUGGAUUAAAGAAAGUCCCACGUGAGAAUGGCUCACAAUACACAAAAAUGACAUUCCCUCAGUCUGCACUCGUCCCAAAAAAAGAACAAUAAUUUUUGAUCACAUCUGCGUUUUAUUGCUUUCAGCUUGUUUUGCAUGUUAUAUAAGAAACCAAUGGCCUUAAACACAUUGUUAUCAAUGCAGACUCCAAAGCUCAAGUAGGAAUUGUUUAAUUUAUUUGCCUGUUAGAUAAAAAAAAAAAAAAAAAAAACAUCUUAUAUCUGGGACUUCAUUCUUCAUUAUAAAACCAAAAAUUCCAAACAGAAAAGAAUGUACCGUCAGAGGCAUUUUGGCAUAGUUUCAAAAAGGAGUAAGGUUCAAGAGAAUUUUAUACAACUUUGCAACGUUUGCAAAAUAUUGUUUAUUAAUUCUGAUUCACACUUAUGAUUUUGAUGUCAGGGCCAAUGACAUAUGUUUCUACUGUGGUGCUUUUUUAAGCUGAACUCUCCGUUCUGUCUUUUUUGUGCCAGGAAGCACAGCUAUCAGUGCACAGAUUCUUUCUUACUUCUGAAUUGUAUCGUAUAUCUGUAUUUGCACAUCAGACUGUCAGAUCUUUCUGUUUUAUUGUAUGUCUGUGUAAAAUGCAAAAUACAAAAAAAAUAAAUGUUUUGAAGCAGCAUUUUAAAAAACUAUUGAUGAAGUAUGUAGAAGGUGUCGUGUUAGAGAAACAUACAUUUCAGCCCCACCAUCAUCAAGGAACUGGUAAAAAAAAUGUAAUAAAAUUAACUAUAAAGUCACGUGACACAAUACAUAGUUCAUGCUUUCUUAUUCUGUUAAUUACCAAAAAGCUUAAUAAUUAAUAGGUUUUUUAAUAGGUUUUUACUCUCUCAUAUACUGUAAAUGUUCACUGCUAUCAGAGGUGCUGGUGGGAAAAGUUUAAGAUUAAGUUAAUUUUGUACACAGUUGUGUAAUUAACAAAUUUAUGGGAUUAACCUACUGGUCUGGAGUUGUCUACUCAGUUCAAGUUGUAUCCACG